AAAUAAUGUAAUAAUGUUAUACUAUCUCGUGUUCCGUAAAAACAGUUAACUCAGCUGUACGCGGCAGUCUUUAUGCGAAGUCGAAGCAUAUCGCGCACAUUCGCAUGUCACGCGCAGCCAUUGAUACGAAAUCGUAUUCGCGAAACAAACAAUGUUAAAAAUCGAAUUUUAAAUUAAUCCUUUGCAUUUUAAAUUCCACGUUCGUAUUUCGAAUAUGCACAUUAUUUGACAGUGUUUUGAAUUUUGAAUUUGGAACAGUGAGUGAUUUAAAAAAUGGCGAAAGCAAUGGCUGUUCUCCAGGGUCUGGGACAGAAAGUGAGCGGGAAGGAUCACCAGGACUGCAGAACCCUGCAGGUGAAUAUGCCCGCGCCUACAUCUGUGGACAUUGAAUUCAAAAACAUCACUAUGACAGUUAGUGAAGGUCUCACUUCAAGAAGAAAGAAAACCAUCCUGAAGGAUGUGUCAGGAUUGUUCAAGUCAGGACAUCUAACAGCGAUUAUGGGUCCUUCGGGAGCUGGCAAAUCUUCACUAAUGAAUGCACUCACAGGAUUCUCGACGCAGGGUGUUACUGGCACGAUAAGAGCUGGCGACAGCGUCUGCCAGUUCAGCAACAAGUCGAAUAGCCUCCACUCCCUCAAGGAGUACCGGAAGAAGACCUGCUACAUAUUGCAAGAUGAUCGGCUCAACCCGCUGUUUACUGUCAACGAACUCAUGAGGUUCGCGGCUGACAUGAAAUUGGGAAAUACCCUUGCUGAUAAAUUAAAACAGACUGUUAUAAGCGAGGUGCUCCUGACUCUGGGGUUGUCCGGAGCGGAGAAUACAAGGUGCGGCAACCUCUCAGGCGGGCAGAGGAAGCGGCUGUCCAUUGCUGUGGAACUGAUCGACAAUCCUCCUGUGGUCUUCUUAGACGAACCCACUACGGGCCUGGACAGCCAGACGGCAGCGCAAUGCAUGAAACUAUUGAAGAACUUGGCGCGCGACGGCCGCACUAUAGUCUGCACGAUACAUCAGCCGCCCGCCUCGAUAUACACGAUGUUUGAUCAAGUAUACAUUCUCGCUGAAGGAAUGUGCAUAUACGACGGGUGCAGUGACGACACUGUGCCGUACCUCGCGUCCCUUGGUCUCCACUGCCCCAAAUAUCACAACCCGGCUGAUUACGUUCUAGAAAUAGCAACAGGCGAAUACGGGAAAUUCAAUGAGGUGCUUGCCAAGGAGUGUGUAGCCCGAGGAGGGCUGAAGGAGGCGCCCGCUGUAGUCGUCGGCAGGCCGAACAACGGGUUCUCAUGCGGCAGGAUGAAUAUUAUCGUCAACCCUCCUCAUGAAUUGUACAAAUUCGGCAUACUGUUUAAACGAUGCAUCAUACAACAGUAUAGGGAUUGGACAGUAACUCACCUAAAAGUGUUGCUUCAUAUCGUCAUCGGUGUGCUACUCGGGCUUCUGUACGAGCAGGCGGGGAGUGACGCGUCCAAAACCCUCAGCAACCUCGGCUUCUUGCUUGUGUCCUGUGCUUACCUGUGCUAUACCUCGCUCAUGCCCGCUGUGCUUAAGUUUCCGUCGGAGCUAUCUGUGUUGAAAAAGGAAAAUUUCAAUAACUGGUAUCACUUAAGGACAUAUUAUGCAGCCGUGCUGGUAACAGGAAUACCGAUGCAGAUAUGGUUCAGUUUCGUGUACUCCGCCCCGUCGUACUUCCUGUCUGGCCAGCCGCUGGAGUUCUCACGUUUCGUGAUGUUCGUGAUGGCGCUGGCGAAUGUGACAUUGUUGGCUGACGCCAUAGGAAACGUUAUAGGGUCCAGCGUCAAUCCAAUUAAUGGCACGUUCUUCGGCGCCAUCACGACGUGCGCGAUGAUCGCGUUCGCGGGAUUCCUGGUGCUGUUCGCGCACAUGAGCCGCGCCAUGCAGCUCGUCUCCUACAUAUCCUUCCUCAAGCACGUGUUCGGCGCGCUCAUACUCGCCAUCUACUCCUACGGGCGGCAGCCUCUCGCGUGCCCUGAUACUGAAGAUUAUUGCCAUUUGAGAUAUCCAUCAGAAAUCAUGAAUGAAUUCUCCGUGGCCGAUGACAGCUACUGGGUAGACAUACUGAUAUUAUUAAUAGAAAUUGCUGUAGUUAGAGUAAUAGCUUAUUACACGUUACGGAGAAAAGUUAGAACGUCUUCGUAGUUUUAUAGUCAGCAAAAUGUUUACGAAUCGGUAUAGUAAACUUGUUUUUAACAAGCGUAUGAAAAUUUAAAGCGGGUCUUUAAUCGUGUUGUUUAACCUCAAAACAAAAUCUAGAAUCGGUUGAAAUAAAUCGUUUCUUAAUUCCUAACCCAAUCUAACCUAACCUCACCAGUGUAGAUAUGGAAUUACUCUGCAUUUAAAAUAAUUUAAAAAAUUAAGUGACAGAACACUUGAUUAUUUUAAUUGAUUUCUUUAAAUGAUAUAUUAGGGAACACGCAGAAAAUGUCUCUCAUAGCUAAGGUAAUAUUUGGUUGCGGUUUUAGAACAAAAUGGUGUUUAGUUUUAAUAUAUUGUAGUUCAUAUUGAAUUGAUAUUUAAAUAGAAUUGUAAAUGUUGAAAUAGCAUUUAGUUCUUGUCUUAUUUAUUACAAUUUAUGCUCAAUUAGUUAUUAUUACUGUUUUUGCCAUAUUAUGAUGAUGUGAAAUAUGUAUAUCAAAAAUUGUUGUACAUUCUCGCUUGCUUUAACGGUGAAGGAAAACAUCGUGAGCAAACCUGCACACCUGAGAAGUUCCCUAUAGGAAUUUCGAAGGUAUGUGAAGUCUACCAAUCCGCAAUAGGCCAACGUGGUGGACUAAGGCCUAAUCCCUUUCAGUAGUAGAGGAGGCCCGUGCCCAGCAGUGGGACAGUAUAGGGCAAUAAGAUGUAUAUUGUUGGCAUAAAACUGUUGUGCGCCACACGUCGCUGUGAUCAUUUAUGGGUAAGACACACGUUUCAAUCCACUAUACUUACUGCAUAUUUAAUAAGCAUUACAAAGAUAGGUGUAUCCAAAUGUAUCAUGGCAAGUCUAAAAAGCAUUCGAUCCAUUUUUUGGUAUGCAAUUUAAUUUAUCCAUUGAAUGAAUUAUAAGUUGUAGUACCUGCGUAAAUAUAGAAGUGAGAAAUUCGACAACUUUAUAAAUAAAACUGACAUUUUUAAUUCAAUUGGGUUGUCGUGAGAAUCAAUUUUAUCAAAAAAAUCAGCCUUAAAUCCUGAAGCGAAUAAACGUACAUUUACAUUUGUAUUUAUAUUUCUAUUUAAGGUCAAUCGCGGUACCUUGUGGUACACUUGCCGUCUCAUUACUGUGAUAAGCUCUCUCUAGCGCGUUAAGAAAA